AUGGCGGCGCUCGGUGUAAACAGGGCCGGGGCCGGCGCGGCGGCGGACGCUGCUCGGGGGCCCGGCGGCAGCGGCAGGGGGCCGGUGGGCGCCGCCGUGAAGGUUCUUGAGUGCGGAGUCUGCGAAGAUGUGUUUUCUUUGCAAGGUGACAAAGUUCCCCGGCUGCUUCUGUGUGGCCACACGGUCUGCCAUGACUGUCUGACCCGGCUCCCCCUUCACGGUAGAGCAGUCCGCUGUCCUUUUGAUCGACAAGUUACUGAACUGGGAGACUCUGGUGUCUGGGGCUUGAAAAAGAACUUUGCUUUGUUGGAACUGUUGGAACGACUGCAGAAUGGACCUGCUGGGCAGUGUGGGACAACAGAAGAAGCUAUUGGCCUAUCUGGAGAGUGUAUCGUCCGCUGCGAUGAGGACGAAGCCCACGUUGCAUCUGUGUACUGCACUGUGUGCGCCACGCACCUGUGUGCAGACUGCUCCCAGCUGACACACUCCACCAAGACCCUGGCGAAGCACCGGCGGGUGCCCCUUGCCGACAAGCCCCAUGAGAAGACCAUGUGCUCCCAGCACCAAGUGCACGCCAUUGAGUUUGUUUGCUUGGAGGAGGGCUGCCAGGCUAGUCCCCUCAUGUGCUGCGUCUGCAAAGAAUAUGGGAAGCAUCAAGGUCACAAGCAUUCAGUCUUGGAGCCAGAGGCAAACCAGAUUCGUGCAUCCAUUUUAGACAUGGCCCACUGCAUAAGAACUUUCACAGAAGAAAUCUCGGAUUACUCCAGGAAAUUAGUUGGAAUUGUUCAGCAAAUAGAAGGAGGAGAACAAAUAGUUGAAGAUGGAGUUGGAAUGGCCCAUACUGAACAUGUGCCGGGGACUGCGGAGAAUGCUCGCUCGUGUGUCCGGGCCUAUUUUUCUGAUCUUCACGAAACCCUUUGCCGUCAGGAGGAGAUGGCUCUGAGUGUUGUUGACGCUCAUGUGAGGGAGAAGUUGAUCUGGCUUAGACAGCAGCAAGAAGACAUGACCAUCUUGUUGUCACAGGUUUCAACAGCUUGCCUUCAUUGUGAAAAGACUUUACAGCAGGAUGACUGCAGAGUAGUGUUGGCCAAACAGGAAAUUACAAGACUGCUAGAGACGUUACAAAAACAGCAGCAGCAAUUUACGGAACUGGCAGAUCACAUCCAGCUGGAUGCUAGCAUUCCUGUCACCUUUACAAAGGACAACAGGGUGCAUAUUGGACCAAAAAUGGAGAUUCGGGUUGUCACUUUGGGAUUGGAUGGAGCUGGCAAAACAACUAUUUUGUUCAAGUUGAAGCAAGAUGAAUUCAUGCAGCCAAUUCCAACAAUAGGUUUCAAUGUUGAAACAGUAGAAUAUAAAAAUUUGAAGUUUACUAUUUGGGAUGUAGGAGGAAAGCACAAAUUGAGGCCAUUGUGGAAGCAUUAUUAUCUCAAUACACAAGCGGUGGUAUUUGUUAUUGACAGCAGUCAUAGAGACAGAGUCAGCGAAGCACACAGCGAACUUGCAAAAUUAUUAACGGAGAAGGAAUUGCGGGAUGCCUUGCUCUUGAUUUUUGCCAAUAAGCAGGAUGUAGCAGGUGCGCUCUCGGUGGAAGAAAUUACAGAACUGCUGAGUCUCCACAAACUCUGCUGUGGCCGGAGCUGGUACAUUCAGGGUUGUGAUGCCAGGAGCGGUAUGGGACUUUAUGAAGGAUUGGACUGGCUUUCAAGGCAACUGGUGGCUGCUGGUGUCCUGGACGUGGCUUAGUUUCACAGCAGUUGCAACCUAAGGUUGUAGUUAACCUGGUUUUGUUUGCACGAUUUAGGAUGUUAUAGAUGGGCCUGCUGUUUGAAGAGGGGACUUGACUUCACUUGAUGGUUACAGGAAAAUACAAGCCUUUCAUCCUAGAUUUGAUUCAGUAAGUUUGUGCAAUUGUUACAGUGUUUUUGAAAUUUGAUACGUUCAUAUGUAAUGUGAUGGGCAUGUUACAAGGGUGCCUUGAAAUUCUUUUUGGGGAAAUUAGAUUGCUAUAAUUCUUCCCUGAUAAAUAUGUCCUUAGGAAUUCAUCUGUUAAUCAUGACAUGGUCACCACAGCUAAUUCAUAGCUGAGAAUUUGAGCAAUUUAGGAAUACUUUUCCAAGCAGACAUCCUAAAAAUUAAUCUCAAGCUAUUUAGGAUAGUCAAGUGGUGCUAGUCUUAUUGCUUAAAAAAAUGGAUUCAUCUGAAGUUGGCAUUGACUAUCACAUGCAAAUAUGCUGCAAGAGGAUGAUAUCAUUUCCUUCAUAUUUAUUAGCUUCUCUGUUCCUUACAAGAAGGAAAGGGAGCAUCAUUUAUUGAGGACCAAUUGAGAAUGGAGAACAGUGUCCUGGUGCUAGUGGGCUGUGACACUGGCUGGAGUGCAUGUUUGGGGAAGAGUUCUUUAGAGUGUGCACGUGCUGAAUUAUUUAGGGUCAGAAUAUAGUGUUGCUGAGGUAGAAGUGUUUUGUGUUUGCUUAAGGAUAUACUCUGUUUUUGGAGAUUCAGUUAGAGAUUUCAGUUUUGACUUGGAAAGUCAAUGAAGCUUAGAAGAUAUUCCUAAAGAGGCAGCAUGGUGUAACAUCAGUUCAGCUAUGCUCUAUCGGUCUACUUUUAUGUACAGGUCAUGCUUCCAGAAUAAGGUAGUUGUCUUAAAAUGUUAAAUAACCUGUUGUAAAAGCAGUGUGCAACUAAAUACAGUCUAGAACAGCAGGUGGUAAAAUGUGAGUGAAGCUUUCUAUAUUUGGAAGAUACAAUAAGAAUGAACAGAAUCUACAUGAGCUGUCACUCCAUGCCUCUACUUUUAAAGGCAACUCAUUCACAAAGCUAAGGAAUAUGAAUGUAGCACUCUUUAAAUUUAGAGAAGCCUGGAGUGACUCAGUGCUGUCUCCCUCGCAGUUAGUUGAUCUGUCUGGUAUGCACACCUAGUGUGGUCUCCUGGCGCAGCCCCUGCCGAGGCAAGAACCUGUGAGGCCGGAGAGGGCAUGGGACCAGCAUAGAUUGGGCAAAGCUCAGAAUGUAUGAACAAGUCGCUUAGUACAUUUGCACUUUCCUUCAAGAGGAAGCACUUGUAGUAACUACUCCCUGCUAAUGGCAGUUGCUUAUAGCUUUCCCUUGUUUAAUUUCCUGAAACUGGGGUUUAAAUGCAGCUUCAGACUUAGAAAAUCUAACGACUUGAAGAGCAGCUGAAAAACACACCAAGCUUUCAAGUAGGUGUUUGUGAAAUAGGCUCAUAUGUCUGCAGACGCACAGAGAUACUGCGAGGCGGUAGUUACUCUUCCUUUGGGAAACACCUGAUAACUUUUGUACAUAGUUUACAGUGGCUGGAGGGGGGUUUGUUGCCCCAGGCCAGCUCAGAACUGUUCCUCCUUGCCAGCCUGCAGCUUCUGGCACAGGAUGCAGUUGGCUGCUCUGACCUGCGUAUUUGCUUGGCCUGUUCUGCAGAGCUGUGCCAGAUCUAGUUAGUGCUGACUGUCCUUUCAGAGCUCUAUUUUUAAAAUAAGAACAAGUUCUGCUAAGUGUGGUAAAUGCUUUUCUGGAAUACUUUUAACAGAAAAGACUUGCAUUCUUUAUAAAAUCCUGAAUCUGGAUUUUUGUUGUAGUUGGCUCAAGCUUUGGUUACACAAGCCUCUCAGACGCUUAGCUGUAGUUCUAAUUAGAACCUUAAAAUUUUCAAGGUGACCAGUUUGCUUUUUUUGUAACAGUACAUUUGGGGGCAGAGAAAGAUACUUGCUCGUGCAUAUUUUUGAGCACAAACAGAUUGCUUGUGACAUGUGUGGAAUGCUACCAUUAAAGUGUUUUGUUUUUUUUUUUAAGUGGAAUUUAUUUAAGAUGACUUCAAGUAACUGUGAAACUAAGUAAGUGUUGCGUUUAUCUGUGAACUCUUACAUUUUGACAGGUACACUAAGGAGUUGUUUGUAUUUUAAGUUAAUACUAUAUAUAAACUGCUUUGGUUGUAAAUUUGAGCUUGUUUCACCGUUUUUGUUGAACUUCUAGUUUAGUGUACUAACUUCUGCGAUGUGUAACUGGAAUAUUACCACAAAUGGAUUUUACUCAAACAUUACUAACUACAUGGAUUAUUUGAAAGACUGAACAACUUUCUGUAGUAUUUUGACUUACAUGUGAACCUGAGUACAGCAUUCGGUGAUGAUGUGGCUUGCUUUAAUGCAUCUUGGUGCAAAAAUGAUAAGUCUAACCUAGCUGAAACAAUAGCACCAUAUCAAGUGAUGAAGUGUUACUUAUGUUACCUUCAAACUUACUGCAGCCAGAGUGGUACUUGAGGGUUUUGUUUUGAUCUGUUGGGAUAGGUGUGGAUAGUAGGUAGUGAUUUUUGGAAAGAAAUGACUCUUUCAGUAAAAACACCUAAGCUGCUGUAGUUUAGUUGCCCAGAAAAAUUAAUGUUUUUCAAUAAAAAUAUCUGCAAUCUUCAAAGGAUAACUUUAAUAUUAUCCUUCUUUUUUUUUGAUUAGAAGUCAUUUAAGAGUAAUUUUCAACUUCAAACACAUUUUUUUUAUCACUGUAUCUAUCUGUUAUUUCACUUAAACUUAAUGAUUGCAGCUUUUGACAGAAAUAAUUUGAUUAGUAUCUUCUUUCAGGAAAUGGCAUGAGGGAAAAAAACCUCCCGCUACCUACUGUAAUAGUUUGGCAAGGCUCCUUUCACUUCCUCAGCUGUAAACACAGCCUCCCCCUUCAUUAUGCCCAGGGGGAAAAUCUGAUCUACUUCUGUUCUUAUU